AUGGUUCCUAGUGAAUUACUUCAGUACCAUGGACUUGUCCAAUUGCUUCUGUAUUUCCAAUGGUGGUGGAUUGGACUCAUGGCUAUAGAUGAUGAAACUGGAAAUUAUUUCUUGCGAGCUGUUGAGCAAAUACUUUUACAGAAAGGAAUCUGUCCAGCUUUCUCAGAACGGUUGACAAAACAUAUCUACUUUUUUGAUAAAAUAGAUACAAUGGCCAUUGAUAGAUUGGACAUUUUGAAGAAUUUUAUGCUAAAUACAGCCAAAGUCAUCAUCAUUCAUGGAGAAACUGCAUCCAUUACAUGGUUAAUAGUUGCUGUAGGAACAACUCAAAUCAUGCAAUCUAUAUUUCCACAGGAAAAGGAGAAGUACCGUCCAACAAAGGUGUGGGUUACUACAGCCCAAAUUGAUUUUACCUUAUUUCACUUUCAAAAGAUUCUUGAUGUUAAAAUCCAAAUCUUCCAUGGCGCCCUUUCUUUCAACAUUCACUCAAAGCAAAUUCAAGGUUUUCAACAAUUCCUUGAGAGUGUAAAUCCUUUUGGGGAAGAUGAAGAUGGUUUUAUCCAUGAUUUCUGGCAACAAGCAUUCAGUUGCUUCCUUUCCAAAACUGAUUUGUUAAGUCUCAUCUUUGGACCCUAUACUGGAAAGGAAACAUUAGAGAGUCUUCCUGCACCAUUCUUUGAAAUGAGCAUGACUGGUCAUAGUUAUAGUGUCUAUAAUGCUGUCUAUGCAUUGGCUCAUACCUUACGUGCAGUGUACUCAACCAGAGUCAACCACAGACCAUCGGAGCAUGGAGGCAGACUGUCAGCUCAGUAUAUAAAACCUUGGCAGCUUCAUUCAUUUCUUCAGAGGAUUGCAUUCAACAAUAGUGCGGGAGAUGAAAUCACGUUUAAUUAACAUGGAGAAUUGGCAGGCGGAUUUGAUAUUACAAACUUGGUCACUUUUUCUAAUAAUUCCUAUACCAAGGUCCAAGUUGGAAGGCUGGAUCCUCGGGAAGGGUUUACUAUUAAUGAGGACAAAAUUGAAUGGGAGAGAGAUUUCACUCAGGUUACACCUCUUUCCCUGUGUAAUGAAAAGUGCCACCCUGGCUACAGUAAGAAAAAGAAGGAGGGGGAGACAUUUUGCUGCUAUGAUUGUGCUCCAUGUCCAGAUGGGAUGUUUUCAAGCCAAGAGGAUACAGAAACAUGUUUCAGUUGUCCAGAGGAUCACUAUCCAAACAAAUUCCAAGAUCAAUGCAUUCCUAAAAUUCCAAACUUUCUCACUUUUGAAGAUACUUUGGCUAUCACUGCAACUUUCUCAGCACUUUUACUGUCUCUGAUCACAGUUCUGGUGCUAGGCAUCUUCCUGAAGCACCACAAUACUGCCAUUGUCAAAGCCAACAAUCAAAGUCUCACCUACCUUCUUCUCAUCUCCCUCCUCUUGUGUUUCCUCUCUUCUUUGCUUUUUAUUGGAAGGCCUAAUCAAGUGACCUGCUUUCUUCGCCAGACUACUUUUGCCUUCAUCUUUUCUGUGUCCCUCUCUAGCAUAUUGGCAAAAACCAUUUCUGUGGUCUUGGCUUUCAUGGCUACCAAGCCAGGAUCCAGGAUGAGGAAAUGGGUGGGGAAAAGACUGGCCUAUUCCAUUGUGUUCAUCUGCUCCAAAUUUCAAGCAGGAAUCUGUGUUCUGUGGCUGGCAAUUUCUCCCCCCUUCCCUGAUGUGGACAUGUACUCAAUGACUGAGGAAAUUAUUGUUUUAUGUAAUGAAGGCUCAGUCCCCAUGUUUUAUUGCAUUUUGAGCUACUUGGGAUUUCUGGCCAUUGUCAGUUACAUUGUGGCCUUCCUAGCUAGGAAGUUGCCAGACAGUUUCAAUGAAGCCAAGUUCAUCACCUUCAGCAUGCUAGUGUUUUGCAGUGUUUGGUUGUCCUUCAUCCCAACCUAUUUGAGCACUAAAGGAAAAUACAUGGUGGCCGUGGAGAUCUUCUCCAUCUUGGCCUCCAGUGCUGGGUUACUUAGUUGCAUCUUUUUCCCUAAAUGCUACAUUAUUGUGCUGAGGCCCCAGUUAAAUAACAGGCAGCAAUUGAUCCAAAGAAAGUAA